UUCGGAUGUCAAGAAGUGUUCGUCCUCUUCCGCUGAUGGAGAGUUCUAUUUAUUCCCGGAUAAAUAUCAUAGACAGACCCCAAUCAAGGUGUACUGUCAGAAUAUGGAUUCACCAGGUACAGCGAAGGAAUAUAUCACUCUUCACGCUAACAACUAUUUUAUUCGACAUGAUUUAUCUCAUGUCAUCUCGGGCAUUAGAUGUUCAAGGAACUCGCAGCCAUUGAUGCGGACUGUGUUUUCCAAAAUUAGAAUAAAGAUAGAGUCGAUGGACAUUGUGCAGAAUGACUACUCGUUUUCUACGACAACCGGUACGAGCGAAGUAGAUAACGUACGAUUUGGAACAUCAUAUGAUUGUUCAGCGGAAUUUUGGUGGCCAGAAACAUAUGGUCUUACUUGUCAGCUGGAUGGAAAAUUUGAAAUAGAUUUGAGUGGAACUGGGAUUGCCAUUGCUAGUUCGGUUGGGUGGAUACCUGAACACUGGGAAAGUCGAAUUCGACAGUUCAGUCGCUCUGCUGACUCCACAAAAGUAAGCUGUCUUGUGAUUGGUUGGUGUGGAGAAUGUGCACCAAAUGACACCAUAACAAUUGAACCACUGCACGGAUCAGUGACCAGUGGUAUUGCAGCCCAGACAGUCACUUGUCCGUGAGGAAUUAACUGACCAACCAAAAGUACAAAACACAGAACAAUUUUAUACUGAAUCAAUGGUGGAAAGAUUUUUUUUCAUUGAAGGACUUGGUUACAUAAAGACAAUUUCUUUAUUUGAUUAAUGCAUAUUCUGCUCUCGGCAAUUAUCUCGACAAUCUGUUUUGAUAAAACUGACCAUAUCUCAAA